AUGAGCUCCGCUCCGCCGUACCGAUCAACAGCCCAACAGCUGCCCCCGGCAACCCGCUUCGAUCCCAGGAUGGGACAGAAAGCAGGAGGCCCUGCUGGACAGACAGAUGGGCAGGCGGAGAGGGCUGCAGGGGCUUUUAUUUUGCCAGCACGGCGCCCGGUGAGCCCACGGCAGGCACCGCUGGCUGCGGAAGCCUGGGCGCCCCGUGCCGCCCGCGGCCCCCCACAGGGCUGCUUCGCCUGCAUCGCCAAGCCACCCACCCUGCGGCCCCCCUCACCGGUCCUGGCCCCGGCCUCCGCCGGGUACCUCAUGGAGAGCAAUAGCUGCAAAGGGGACAGCCUGCGCACAGCAGUGCCCUGCAAGCACUUGGUAGAGAAGAAGACGAUGACCAACCCCACCACGGUGAUCGAGAUCUACCCAGAUACCACCGAGGUGAAUGACUACUAUCUCUGGUCCAUCUUCAACUUUGUCUACCUCAACUUCUGCUGCCUCGGCUUCAUUGCUUUGGCCUACUCACUGAAAGUCCGGGAUAAGAAACUCCUCAAUGACUUAAAUGGAGCAGUUGAAGAUGCCAAGACAGCUCGGCUUUUUAACAUCACCAGCUCAGCCCUUGCCACCUUCUGUAUCAUCCUUAUAUUCAUCUUCCUGCGAUACCCACUCACUGACUACUAGAGUGAUGCCAGAAGCAGCAGCUGCCAAAAUGCCUCUACGCCAGAAGUGUCUGCAGUUAUUUCCUGUAGCAAGGAUGCAAAAACAACACUACACCUUGAUUG